AUCAACUGGUUCCUUUGAAACGCGUCGACGUCUUCGGUUCUUCAAAAGAGGCGGAUUUAUUGUUUCUCCAUCUUUGUGCUGUUCAAGGAGGCUGGUGGUAGUUAUUUCUAUCUCACAAUGGCCCAUUCCCUGGAAAUAACUAAUGACACGCUCUUUGGUAUGAAGCUGAACACCCUUCUUAUUAACAGAGGUACUGCGGCAUUACGCCGCGUAUUCGAUAGUUAUGUGCCUCCGCCCCAGCUCCAAACGUUCUUAAUCGGAAAGGAAGCUGUCAUACGGAGACUUAAACGAGAAGGGAAAAUAAACAAGUCUCAGUGGGACAAACUUUACCCGGCGCCGGCGGUUGGUACCCCUGCUUCAAAAUACUUCGACAUUUCUCUUCUUUACGUUUUGCUUCGUAACGUUUGUAGAAUGCCAGCUCCUGCCACUGGCUGGGGUGCAAAACCUGCUCCAACAGAUCGCUCAGUUGGGGCUGCAGUGCUAAAAAUACACUGGUAUCGUAACUGGUACAGUCACGCAACAAUUUUCGAGAUCGAUGAAGCUUCAUUUCAAUCAUCCUGGAAGGAGAUUGCUGACGCAGUUCAAAGUCUCGGUGAAGACCCUUCACGAGUUGAGAAUCUUAGAGCCGCACCACUGUCUGUUAGCAUUUGCAUGGAAAGACUUGCAAAGUUUGAUUUCACCGGUGAAGUCCAUUUUUACACAUCCAAGUAUCAUCCAGGAACUCGCGAGUGGGUUUUCAGUCAUGUCGAGAGUUGGUUUCAAAAUCGCAUGUCCGAUUCACGUGUUCUUAUUAUCACUGGAAAUGCUGGUAUGGGUAAAUCUGUUAUUGUAGCACAGUUAUGCAGCAACAUGAAAAAGCGCUCGGUUCUUGGUGGAAUGCACUUCUGUCAGCACAAUAACCAGAGGCGAAGGAAACCAGAGCUAAUGGUGCAGUCGCUGGCCAGACAUUUGUGUGACAAUCUUCCAGGUUUUAAGGACAUCCUAGCAGGUCAGUUAACCUGCCUAAACCCAACUGAUCUGACAACCAUGAAUGUGGAAGAACUGUUCACGCACGUUCUUCAAGAGCCAUCGAACAUGAUGGCAGAUCCAGGAAUGAACAUUCUUUUGGUGGUGGACGCUGUAGAUGAGUGUGAACAUCAAGGAAGAAACGAGCUCUUUGAUGUGAUCAGUACACAGUUCCACAAGCUACCAUCUUGGAUAAAGUUUGUUGUCACAGGUCGCACUGAGCAAGCAAUGAUGGACAAACUAGCGCACUUCAACCCGUUCGUCCUCCACCCCUCGGACGAGAAGAACGAGAAAGACAUAAAGCUAUUUUUUGAAGAAAGUUUAAAGAAUCUGGUGCCCAAGACGAGCAUCGAGCAAAAUGUCAAUCGCCUUGUAAGUCAAGCUGAAGGACUUAUGUUGUAUGCACAUUUUGUUAUUAAGUAUGUCGAAGACCAAAAGAACACCCCGACACCUUCAAAUCUCUCAAGUAUUUUCCCUCGUGGGAUCACAUCCGUGUACGAGCAAUACAUUGAUCGCCUGCAAAUGGAUCUUGGAGUUGGCAAAGAGCGUUUCUUCGAUUUUCUUUCGUCACUUGUUGCAGCACGUUCUCCUUUACCUGCGACCAUGGCAUCGAGAAUUCUCGGCCUGUGCCUUGACAUUGACGAUGGUUGGAGCCAAUUCCAAAAGAUGUCAGAAUCAAUCUCACGUUUGCUGCCCAUUCGCGACGGUUGCAUCGAUGUCUUCCAUAAAUCACUUGUUGACUGGCUCUCUCAUCCAGAAUUGUACGGUAAACAUAGAUUUACGGUUAAAAUCUCAGAAGGAAAUGUCGUUUUAUCAAAGGAAUGCGAAAGGACCUACAGUUCCAUCAAGGAACGUCAAGAUGUCCCUGUGGAGUAUUCUCAUGAAGAAAAAUACGCUCUUCAGCACGGAACGUACCAUUUCACAGCUUUACCAAAACUAGAUGAAAGCCAGAAAAACAGAGUUUUUUGUCAUGCAUGCAGACUGGAACUACUAUAUGCUAAAUUGCAGAGCAAAGUUUGCGACGUUUUCUCAUUAAUUGAGGAACUUCAAAACGUCAAACCAUUCUUGAAACUUUCCGGUGAUGACUCGAAGGAAGUCAGUGAUUGUAUAACGUGCCUCAGGCGUCAUCCCUACUUGUUGAUGGAAAACCCAAACAUGAUAUUUCAGUUAUUAGCGAAUGAUGCGGAAACUAUAGCGAUAAGUCUUGAGGCCUGUUCUGUGAUGAGUCAAACAAAGUACCACCAUCCCCUCCGCUUAGAGGUAGUUAACAGGUCUCAGACAACAGACCCCGUGAUCACUAAAUUCCGUUGCAAGACCUACGUAAACUGUUGUGACGUUUGGAUCCAGGGCGAGAACACUCUAUUGGUCUGUGGAUGUGGAGAAGGUUUCGUCCACAUGUUUUCAGUGGAAACAGGAAGAGAACAUUGGAAGUGCCAGUCUGAUGUGAUCGACAUCUGGCAAACCGAGGAGGAGCGUUGCAAUUACUGUUUUUUAGUCCCACAACAUGAGGUGGUUCUCCACGGUCGAUUCGAUAAAGCCUUAACAUUUACUGGUGAAUCAAAGGUACUAUUUCCAGAAAACAAGCAUACCUUUAUUGAUGCUUGUAUCUCACAAGACAGAAAAACGAUGGUGACCAGGGAAACUCAUGUGACAAACAGCCUGAUGAUUUGGGAACUCGAGGGAGGAGAGCUGGCAAGCAAAUUGGAACUGCCCACUAAGAGCAUCGCAUGUUGUGCUCUUUCAUUAUGCGAACAAUAUGCUAUCUCAGGCAGUUUUGACAGAGGUGUCUCUCUGUGGAACUUGAAUGUGAGCGACUACAAUUAUCAGCAGAAUGCAUUAGGUAACAAAGAACCUUUAACAGUUGAUUGCCUUUCAGGAUCAGAAGGAAAUUCACAGUUUGUGCUUCUAAAUUCUUCUAAGAAGCAAUCGUUGACAUUUUGUGAAUUACUCGCGAAUGAAUUCAAGUCUUCUGAACCACGAUACAUAAACCUUGGGUCGACGCAUAGAAGUCUUGGUGUCUCAAGCCGUGGAGAGUGUUUGUAUGUAUGUGGUGAGUCUCGCCAAUUGCACUGCCUCGGUUUGCCUUUCGCAGUUCGAAUUGCUCUAAUUUCCAAGCGAACCAAAUGGACAUAUGCCAAAGAGGUUGACACGGAGAGAGUGCUUCUAAAGGACUCUGACACGGUUUAUAUGUGUCGCACCCUCGAGAACAAAAGUUCUGAAGAAAUGGCAGCUUGUGGAGUGAUGGCUAUUUCCUUUUCAGCUGAUGGUCAGCAUUUGUACGUUUUGUAUAAAGUAGGAAUGAGUGUGUAUGAAGCUUCCAGCGGAAGAUGGCUUCGCAGUAACCCGUCUAUCCAAGCGAAAUCGUUUGCACUGUCACCGAGUGAAGACUUCAUUUUGCUUCAAAAAGGAGAUCGAUUUGAACUGUGGGGUUCCGACCUGCAACAAAGAGUUAAAUCUUUAGAACAUCCGACCACACCGCAAAGGUUCGUCAGUUACCUCGACAACGACCUUGUUUUUUUUCUUUCCAGAUCAGGACAGAUCCAGGUUUGGAACCUCAACGAAUCGACGUUUAGGGAAAUCAAAGGCCCUAAGCAGUCUUUGAUCGAAUGCUGCGACAUCUUUGUUUUUAAGCAAGAAGACGAUGGUGUCUCACAUUUUCGUCUCCUAUGCUGUGAUCGUCAAAGUGGUCUAACGUUGUACGAUACUGUGAAAGCGAAUCACAUCAAACAGCCCGUUCCUGAAGAAGAAAUUGUCAGAUGUUGUAAGUUUUCGUUUGAUGGACGGUGUAUCGCCACAGGACACAUUGACGGAUCAUUAAAACUUUGGGACGGUCGACGUCUUGAACUGAAGAAACGCCUGAGUUGUGGUGACAGUCUGGUAAUAGGGUGUGGCUAUCUGGAGCAAGACCUUGGCGAUACGGUUGCAACGGUCAGUGAAUCGGGAACGUUAAGAGUGUGGGAUGCUUUCUCGGGCAGUCAACUUGGGUCUAUAAAAUUUGAAAGCAACAUCUGUAAAAUUGUAGCUUCACCGGUAAAGGCUCAAGUUUGUAUUGCUCUUGAAGGCAAAUUUGUCAUCGUAAACGGCCACAGGCUCGAGUUUGAUUAACAUCUUGGCAAAUGGAAAUCACGAAUAAAGCAGAAACAUUAGCGGAGAACUUGCUAACGCGACUAGGUACAGUUUGCACACCCGGUGGAAUUACUCUGUCAGCGCUCGGCUCAAAACGUUGUCCCCUGAUCCAUGGACCGCCAAACCGGAGAAGUGGUGGACAACCCUACACAGAAUUCCCCUAGAACAGACUAAAAAGAUCAAUCAAACGCCGUUAAGAUUAAAAGGCGAACGAUAUGAAAGUUAACCUAUCACCAACGAGCGCCCACUAUUUGAUUUGUAACAAGAAGCGCAAGUUUUCCCAUCCUCGGAGACCCAGGGGCUGAGUCGAUUUCAAGUUAGGGCAUGAA